UAGACCCUCUCCAAUGCUUCUUUCAAGCUACAACAAAAACCAGGUGCAGCAUUGUAACCACAGAGAGUAACAUGAGUUCAAAAGAGGAUACACAUUGUGGAAACAGGAUGAAGUUGACCAGUGAAAAGUUGCCCAAGAACCCCUUUUAUACCUCUCUAUCCCAAAACGGAGCUAAGAACCCAAAAUUCUUCCAAUGGAGGAAGGAAAAGACUGAUCAUUACAGCCAUGCAAAUUUGGUGGAUAAGGCAUUGCAGCUCUUGAAGGAAAGAAUAAGAAGAGGGGAUGCCCUGGCAUAUUUCCUCCGAGGCCAACUAUAUUUUGAAGAGGGAUGGUAUGAAGAAGCAUUAGAACAGUUUGAAGAAAUCAAGGAAAAAGACCAUCAAGCAACUUACCAGCUAGGAGUAAUGUAUUACGAUGGGCUGGGGACACCUAUAGACGCUGAAAAAGGAGUGGAAUAUAUGAAGAAAAUUGUUGAUUCUCCAUGUCCCAAAGCAAGACACUUAAAAUUUGCAGCUGCCUACAACCUUGGAAGAGCUUAUUAUGAAGGGAAAGGCGUCAAACGAUCAGAUGAGGAAGCUGAAAGACUGUGGCUUUUUGCUGCAGACAAUGGAAAUCCAAAAGCUAGUGUGAAGGCUCAAAGUAUCCUAGGAUUGUAUUAUUCAACAAAAGAGCCUAAAGACUUAGAAAAGGCAUUUUAUUGGCACUCGGAGGCAUGUGGCAAUGGAAAUCUGGAGUCCCAGGGUGCACUUGGACUAAUGUAUUUUUAUGGACAAGGCAUCCGCCAGGAUACUGAAGCUGCCCUGGAGUGCUUAAGGGAAGCAGCAGAACGUGGAAAUGUCUAUGCUCAAGGGAAUCUUGUGGAAUACUACUAUAAGAUGAAAUUUUUUACUAAGUGUGUUACAUUUUCCAAAAGGAUUGCUGACUACGAUGAGGUUCACGACAUCCCCAUGAUAGCCCAGGUCACAGACUGUCUCCCGGAAUUCAUCAUCAGGGGCAUGGCCAUGGCAUCCUUCUACCAUGCCCGCUGCCUUCAGCUUGGCUUGGGUGUCACAAAGGAUGAAGCAACAGCUAAACUCUACUAUUCUAAAGCUUGUCGUCUGAACCCUGCACUGGCAGAGGAACUUCACUGUUUACUUAUUCGUCAAAGGAUUUAGACCAUGACGCAUUUCAACAAAGAUCAUCAAUCCUAACACCUUAGAAUGUGUGUAUUUUCAUAGGAGCUGUGUUUGGUUAUAUUCUGCAGCCCAAGUUACAUUACCCUGGGUAUUUUAAGCUGAUGACAUGCUACCUUCAUUCUUAAAUCUGUAAUUUUGCAACUCAAAACCCAGCUAUAGGAUCAAAUUACCAAGAGAGGCCCGAAGGAAGAUUCAGCUCUUAGGCCUACAGACUGGCCUAUGUCACAUCAAAUACAGAAAACCAUUCCAUAAAGCAAAUACCUUUUUCUUUUAAA